GCGGGUUUGGAUUUUAAAUCCCCACGGCCAAUCAGUAGCGCGUAGGCUUUUGUAACGUUCCCGGCGCCGCGUUUGAAUUCGAGGAGGGGCAGAGCUGUGCCAAGCCUCUGCCCAGACCCUUCUAAGUCCGCUAGCAACUCCGGGAACAUGAGUGCGGCGGCAACUGCAGGGAAGCUGGCGCGGGCACCAGCCGACCCAGGGAAAGCUGGGGUCCCCGGAGUUGCAGCUCCCGGGGCCCCGCCGGUCGCCCCGCCGGCGAAAGAGAUCCCGGAGGUCCUAGUGGACCCGCGCAGCCGGCGGCGCUAUCUGCGGGGUCGCUUUCUGGGAAAGGGUGGCUUUGCGAAGUGCUUCGAGAUCUCGGACGCGGACACUAAGGAGGUGUUUGCGGGCAAGAUCGUGCCAAAGUCGCUAUUGCUCAAGCCGCACCAAAAGGAGAAGAUGUCCAUGGAGAUAUCCAUUCACCGCAGCCUCGCUCACCAGCACGUCGUCGGCUUCCACGGCUUUUUCGAGGACAACGACUUUGUGUUCGUGGUGUUGGAGCUCUGCCGCCGGAGGUCCCUCCUGGAGCUGCACAAGCGGAGGAAAGCACUCACCGAGCCCGAAGCCCGCUACUACCUGCGGCAGAUCGUCCUCGGCUGCCAGUACCUGCACCGAAACCGAGUUAUUCACAGAGACCUCAAGCUGGGCAACCUCUUCCUGAACGAGGAUCUGGAGGUGAAAAUAGGGGAUUUUGGACUGGCAACCAAAGUCGAAUAUGAUGGGGAACGGAAGAAGACCCUGUGCGGGACUCCUAAUUACAUAGCUCCUGAGGUGCUGAGCAAGAAAGGGCACAGUUUCGAGGUGGACGUGUGGUCCAUUGGGUGCAUCAUGUAUACCUUGUUAGUGGGCAAGCCACCUUUUGAGACCUCUUGCCUAAAAGAGACCUACCUCCGGAUCAAGAAGAAUGAGUACAGUAUUCCCAAGCACAUCAACCCCGUGGCCGCCUCCCUCAUCAAGAAGAUGCUUCAGACAGAUCCCACUGCCCGUCCAACCAUUCACGAGCUGCUCAAUGACGAGUUUUUCACCUCUGGCUAUAUCCCUGCCCGCCUCCCCAUCACCUGCCUCACCAUUCCUCCGAGGUUUUCAAUUGCUCCCAGCAGCCUGGACCCCAGCAGCCGGAAGCCUCUCACCGUCCUCAAUAAAGGCAUGGAGAACCCCAUGGCCGAGCGUCCCCGGGAGAAAGAGGAGCCGGCGGUGCGGGAGGCCAGCGAGGCAGUGGACUGCCAUCUCGGCGACAUGCUGCAGCAGCUGCACAGCGUCAACGCCUCGAAGCCCUCCGAGCGGGGGCUGGUGAGGCAAGAGGAGGCUGAGGAUCCCGCCUGCAUCCCCAUCUUCUGGGUCAGCAAGUGGGUGGACUAUUCGGACAAGUACGGCCUCGGGUAUCAGCUGUGUGACAACAGCGUGGGGGUGCUCUUCAAUGACUCAACACGCCUUAUCCUCUACAACGACGGCGACAGCCUGCAGUACAUCGAGCGCGACGGCACAGAGUCCUACCUCACCGUCAGCUCCCAUCCCAACUCCUUGAUAAAGAAGAUCACCCUCCUCAAGUAUUUCCGAAACUACAUGAGCGAGCACUUGCUGAAGGCAGGUGCCAACAUCACGCCCCGGGAAGGCGAUGAGCUAGCCCGGCUGCCCUACCUGCGCACCUGGUUUCGCACCCGCAGCGCCAUCAUCCUGCACCUCAGCAACGGCUCCGUGCAGAUCAACUUCUUCCAGGACCACACCAAACUCAUCCUGUGCCCACUGAUGGCCGCCGUGACCUACAUCGACGAGAAGCGGGACUUCCGCACGUACCGCCUGAGCCUCCUGGAGGAGUACGGCUGCUCCAAGGAGCUGGCCAGCCGGCUGCGCUACGCCCGCACCAUGGUGGACAAGCUGCUGAGCUCACGCUCAGCCACCAACCGCCUCAAGGCCUCCUCGUAGCCCCCCACCCCCACCCCCCUGGACUGGCGCCUUUCUUCCCCCCACCAGCACCUUGGCCCACACUGGUUAGCUCCUGUGGUGCUGUUUUAGAGUGUGUCCCCCGGCCCUGGGGGCUGGGGCAAGAGCUACACCAUCCCUGCAGGUGGGGGCUGCUAUGUAAGUUAUUUUUGUACAUGUUCUGGUGUGGGUUCUGUGGCCUCUUCCCCUUCCCUCUCAGCCCCACCAUAUGAAUUGUACAGAAUAUUGCUAUUGAAUUCGGGACGGUCCUUUUCUUGCCUUUAUACACAUUAAACAUAUGUGAAUCUUC